AUGCCAAGCCGCUGUGAUGAGCCUGAUGACUUGAAAAGAGAGCAUGCUGCCUUGCUUAAAGGUAAGCAAGACCUUAAAGCCAUCACCGAUAUCAUGAAGAGCGAUUACAUCACCAACUUUUGCGGUAUCUUGGGCAAAGGGGUGGACACCCUGGAGAAAGAGACCCAGGACAAAUUGAAAAAUGAAACUGACCCUGCCAAACGUCACGAGAUUAUCACAUGGGCCACUAAAGCCUACGCCAGAAUGAGCAAGUUCAUUCAGGAGAUUAUUGAUAAUCUGCCCCCACCAACACCCGCCCCGUUUACUGAUGAAUAAUUUUGCCAUGUUAACAAAAUAAUAUAACAAUAGUAAAUAUAUGCAAAACGCAAAUUAGUUUUCUGUAUUUAUUUAUAGCACUAAAUAAAUUAUAAUAAAAUAAUUUCAUUAAAGCAUUAUACUUGAU